UGUUAGGGUUAUCUGUGCAUAUUGACUCAGAAUGAUGGUAUUAUUCGCUUUUUUAUCCCUGACAUAAUAAACGCAAGAAGCUGAGUGGUCGUAUUUUCGGUCGAACUGAACUCGGCCUUGCAUGCGGGGGUCGAGCGACUCAUUCCAGGGUUUGACAGAUGUUGAGAGUAUAGCCGUUGUUGGCCGAUGGCUCCUAUCUCCUCGUGCGACAAUAGAUGAUGAUUGUUGCGUUGAGGUAGUUAAUUGCGCGGCUCCAGAAGACCAAUCAGAGCGACCAAUUAGACAGUGGUUGGCACAUGGUGGAGGUGCUGCUGCUGCAAGUGUUAUCAAUUGUUGGUAUCGGCGCUUGGUUUCCUUGCAUGAUGCGUCUCAACGGCUGCAUAUUGUGUAUGUCCUUUUCGGCGGACUCGUUCGCUUUACAGAGUCUCCAUUUACGCAGGAUGAAAAAUAUGUGCAUUUCUCUAGAGUUGAAAUUUGCUGGUUUACUGUGAAUUUUUGGAUUGAUAUGGUUAUUGCUGGGCUUGAGGUUGUGAUUAUAUACAAGACCGUGAAUGAAUGGGGCUUAACCACUAUACUUUGGCAAGUGCUUCCCUGUUGACGUGUAUACCAUAAGAGUAGGGAUAUUAGAAGUUGUAUC